UCACUAUUGUUUUCCUUUCUUCUGGGUGUCUAGCGGCAGCACAAUGCUGGUGUGAUAGCCAAUUUCAACUCAUUCUUGUUAAUUUUAUUGGGUUUUUACUUUAAUUUCAGGAAAAUUAUCAAUUAAUAGAAGGAACUUGAUUCAGUGUCGUUUACUACGCGUAAAAAGGAAUCGAGUCGCUUUUAUAGUGAUCUUCUAAAAAGGGCGCGAUUUUCGCGCGUCAUGCAGAAUCCACAAGACUUUGAUUUAAUUUUUGAUUCUUAUGAUUUUGGAAAGGAAGGAAAAAUCAGCCUAACUAAAUUGCUAUCAGUAAUAGGUGACCUCGAGCUUUUACGUUCAAGUUCUGCUCCCCCUUUACUCAACGAAUUUCAAAGGCGUGCUACUUCAGAGUUCGUACAAAAAAAUCCAACUCUUUCCAUUAACAAGGAUAACCUACGAGAGUUACUAAUCAAGUUGGUACAAUUCAGUAAAAGUGAAAAUGCUAGCUCUGUAGAAAAUCCCGUUGAACAGUUUUUUUUUCCUUUGGUGCAGCAGUCGCAAGCAUUAUCAUCACCUUCUCAAGAACAUGCCGUGGAAGAUUCUUCUUUCGACUCCAUAGAAAGUCCUUCUAAAAUUCAAGCUCAAAAACUUCUUUUGCCGAAUAAUUCCAAUAAACUGGAGAUGAAAUCUCCAAAUAUUUUGAGCACUCCUUUUGCUCACUCAACCCCAAUUACAUGGAACCCUUUACCUUCUGCUGCUGACAGAGUAGCAAAUCAAUUUAGCAGCUAUAAUAUAGAAAACAAUUCGAUCAAAAGUUUAAAUAUGCGACUGAGAGAACUCCAAGAUUCUCUUGACCAAGCAAGGGACCAGGCAAGAAACAAGUCCAGAAUUGUUGAUUUGUUGAAUGGAAAGAUUGACGAAUUGACUCACUACCUGGGUUCUCUUGAAGCUCAACACAGGGAAAUGAACCUAACACAAGAGGCUCAGAAUUUGCAAAUCAGAAAACUCAAGAGUAAAAAUGAAUCCCUUGGUGCUGAAAACGAAAAUUUCCAAUCGGAGCUUAUAGCGAAAUCAAAUGAAAUUGUACAGGGGAAGAAGCAACUUUCUAUAUUAGAAAACAAGUGUGCUGCAAUUAUGGAAGAGUUGGAAAAGAAAUCGUCAAGUUUUAAUGAUCUAUAUAAAGCUGCCUCGAAAUCAUUGUUAAAUGAAGAAGUUCUAUCUAAUUUAAAAUUGGAGAACCAUAAACUCCGAACCCAUAGUCAACAGCUAGAGGACGAGCUAGAGGAGUUUCGAAAAGAAAAACAAAACCAUGUAGAAGAAAUUAAUUUACGCCAUCCUUCGCCCUUACCUUCUCAAAAACUCACUAAUUCUACUUUUUCGCCCUUUUUGUCGAUACCAUUCUCUCCCGCUCACAUAAUUAGCGAGGAAAUCAAUAGGUCUACCUCAACCAUUAAUUCCCAAGCAAAUCAAAAAGAUGAUAUAGGAACAGAUCUUCUAGAUCUGGAGAAUGCUCUUUCACAGGAGCGUUUACGAAACAAAGAAUUAACCUCAGGAUUUACUAUACUUUCCGAAGAAAUUGGAAUCCAGAAAUGGAUUAUACAAAGCUUAUCCAGUAUGUCACCUCUUUUACACGAUUUUAAAAAUCGUUAUGAGAUUUCCAUGCCUGGAAUCGAUGACCCGGAUUCGACUGCGUUAUACUCGACCGUGGAGUCCAGCAGAGAAGAGAAUUUUCAAAGUGAAAAUGAAGUUACAUCAGGAUCUCCCUUUACAAGUCAAGUAUUUUCCAUCAACAAACAUCAAAGUACCUCCCCGAACACCGCUUUCUCUGAAAACGUGAACAAACGUCUAGCAAGUUUCAUACAAUUCAAAUGCCGACCUAUACUUGUUCAAUUCUUCAUCUCCUUUAAAUACACAAUUCGAGAUCUAUUGUAUAUUGUAUUAGCAGCUUUAUUUCAGCAACUUAUGAGGUUUUUAUUGUCGUUCUUUGAGGAACUAAUUCAAACAUCAAAUAAUGAAAGCAAUCUAGCUCAACCUUCAUGAUGAGUUUACAAUAAAUGAAGGCUAUUAUGAUAACGAAGGCGCCUGCCAAUCUUUUUCUCUUUUUCUUUCUUUCUUUUUUUUUUUUUUUUUGUUUUUAGGAAUAAGCUACUAAAGAGCAUUAAGUGGACUAUAUUCUAACCAAUGCUAUAAUUUUUCUUUUCAAAUUGUCAAAGUUCGUCAAUCAUAAUCAUAAUCAUAAUAUUCGCGGUAAUCAUUGGAGGUAUUCGGUCGUGAUAUUUAUUAUAGUUCAUUUAGGCUUGUAUGUUUCCUUUUCAGUUAAUAAAGAGUUUGUAAUUAUCCAG